AUGGAGCCCGCCUUCGCCAUGACUUCUCCUCGCGAUCCCACGCGACUCCGUCAGGGUCUCAAUCCUCUCACUACCUCCUCCCUGGGCGGCUACACCAAUCCUCACGGAACGCCCAUCUCUGCCAUCUCCAUGACCUCGUCCCAUCUUCACUCUGUCCAUACCCCCGCCAGCACCAUUCAGCCCUACAAUCCUCAACAAUGGGUCGCCGCGCCCAGCGGCGGCCCAGAGCGACCCAGCCAGUUUUCUGGCGAGGCUCAAGUCUCACCACCGCCGCCGCCUCCAUAUAGUCCACCGAGGAGCCAGCAGCAGCGACCAAUGAGCCAAGCCUUUGAGUCUUCACCUGCGUCCACUCCGACACCUCCGCCUCGGAUCAACACGAAUAUGAGCAUCCACCGACCCUCUCCAGAGCCGCAGCAUGUUAUUAAUCCUUCAUUUCCUCCUCCCCCAGGAGGGACCUCCCGUCGCUUUGGGCUGCCUUCAUUGAGCCGUCGAAGUGACCGAAACUCGAGUUCACCAGGCCCUCAUCCAGCUAUACAUCACCACAGACAGAGCAUGAUAAUACAAACCAACCUCCACCCAUCACCGCUAGAUCAUUCCCUGUCGGGCUUCGCUCCCCCAGCUGCACGUAGAGCUGCUUCGGCUGGCGCCAUCGAAACGCCAACCUCCGCCCGCUCACGAUCAGACUCACAGACUAGAUGGGAACCGGGCAUGCCUCUUCCGCCACCUCCACCUGGUCCGCCCCCUGCCGGAUCGAGAUCACAAAGCGUCCAGAGCAUGGAUCGAACUACAGUUCCCAUCAUAUCUCCUCCCACAAGGCGCCGACCUCCUACCGGCGUGACGACUCUGGGCCCUGUCCCGCCGACACCAGCGGAUUGGGUUGAUUCUGAUAAUCAGGCGAUCUCACGAGCUCGAGGUCGUUCUCCUGGGCUGACCAUUGAUACCGUCGGCGCGAGUAGUUCCAGCCAGGCACCGGUGGACUCAGUGAGUUCUUCUGCAUCCAGCGCCGGUGGCUUAAACAGAACGGGGGCUGUGCGACAUGACAAGACGAUCAUUCAGCGGCGGACGGAGAGUAGAACUCGUCAAGGCGUUCGUGGCUCCAUUGAUGACAAUACUGUGCCAAAUUCCAUCUCGGACAUCGUGGUUGGCAGCGAAGCAGGUGGACUAACACGCAGACCUACCAUCAGCAGGUCAACUCCACGAAGCGCUGGAAGGGCGCCGCCUGAGCUCGCACCCAAAACCGGCGACUCCCUUCCUCAAGGAGACUCUCGCAACUCGACACCGAGAGCGCUUCCAUCUGGCAAGCUCCCUCAGCCAGAAACAGCAACGCCGCCCUUCUCUCCGUAUCCCGUCAAGCAGGCUCAGUACGGCGGGAGCAGCUCGACAGCAGUGGCUCCCAAAGCUCUUCCAACUCCCCCACCUCACGUCCGCUCCGCCUCAAGCUCACGCCCACGAGAAUCAUCACGUCCUCGAGAAUCAUCACGUCCUCCUGCAUCCGUGUCGAACCCCGUCUCAAAACACAUUAUCAUCACUCAAACCGCGGAACAGUUUGCAGCCGAUACUAUUGAGCGGUUCCAGGCAUUUGCUGCCAAGGAGGCGACGGCUCACAUGGAUGCAGACCGAGUCCGUAUGUUUGCUGACUUCAUUGUCAACGAAUCGAGGAUCAGACGAGAACGAUACUCUGGGGCUAUUGGGGCUAUGGGUUCUGAGAUCUUUGACCUGACGCGCGAUCUCUUCCGCCCUAUGGUUAUUCAGGGACGACGGGAAUCGAAUACUUCACGGGAUGAGUUCACUCCAGACUCUUCGGAACCCACCCGCUCCCACCGCGGAUCCAUUGGUUCAAAUCACCGACCCGAGAGCAACUCUCACUCAGCUCCCAGUUCCGCAAGUGUACCCGUUUCACCGAGCGGUCCCGCACCCAACGUCAACUGGGCCACCAACUAUAUGCCAUCUCUGUCCCCCAUUCUCAGCAUGAGCGUGAGUGACAACCACGAAAACGGCAGCUCCCGAGGAAGGCCGCCGAGUCGCUGGUGGGAGGCAGACUCUCAGGGUGGCCAGUCCCCCCGCCUAGAGCGAUCCAAGCGAGAGUCGAAGUACAUGGGUGUGUCGAAGACACAAUGGGCUGAGAUUGAUCAGAAUUCAACAAGCCACGGAGACACGAGUGAGCAAGGUUCGGCUUCGGAGUACCCUCCAGAGAAGACGGGCUGGCAUGAUCAGUCGGAGCCGAGUUUGACUCCCCAACCCACGACAUUCCCCAAUACCUCGCUGGGCUCAAGUCCGGUUUCCACGGCUAACCGCGAGUAUUUUGACGUUUCCCGUCUCGUCACCAUGCCACCCCCCUAUCCGAGACAUCACCCUGCCGUCAACAACAGCCACCCCCAGUUGACUUCGAUCCGACUGGCAGUCCGGGCCUUGAGCGAACUGUCGGAAAUAACUGCUGCCAAGGAGAAAUUCGCCGCCGACAGCGCGAAACGCCGGGAGCAGUUCUCCAAGGCAGCGGUUGAGCGACAAACGGCUCUCAGAACGAACUUGCAGCAGGAAAUCAACUCGGGAAACAUCAGCUACGCAGAUGCAGCCGCUAUUGAGUCCGAUUCGCAGAAGAGCGAGGUAGGUCAGAAGAAGGAGCUGGAGAAGACAGAGUACGAACUGUUCCAGGACCAAGUGGUGGUGCCCCUGAAUGAACUGGUGACGGGCCGUAUCAGCCGCGCCACCGAGCUGUUUGACAACUUGUCUCGCACUCUCUUCGACAAUGGACAGAACGAUGCCGACAUGCCGCAAGAGGAGGGCGACGAUAGACCGGAGCUCCUAGAAAAGUUGACACUCCUCAAGUGGAUCUUUGAGGCUCGCGAGUCUCUGCACCGCGCCAUCUACGACAUCCUCUCGGAUCGUAACGGCCGUUAUUGCGACGUCGUGAUGACUCCGUACCGACUCUCUGGCAACGAUGAGAAGCUCAAGUCAGCCGAGGCCUUCUUUGCUGAGGACUCGGCCAGGCGGGAGUAUGCGUUUGCCAACGAGGUCCUGAACCGAGCGCGGGACUUCCGCUCCGUCGUCGAAGAGGCCGUCGAACGCGGUGUGGCGAUACAGCUUUCAGCUUUCUGGGACAUUGCACCGCCGCUUUGUGGACUACUCGAUAACAUUCCGCUCGACCUCGAAGGCUUCAACAUCCAAAUCCCCGCAGCCGAGUUCGACGAGAACCCAUCGUACCACGUGUACCCGAUGCAGUACCUGUUCAGCCUUCUGCUACACGCCGAGAAGAGCUCGUACCAGUUCAUUGAGUCACACACAAACUUACUCUGCCUACUACAUGAGGUCAAGGAGGCUGUCGUACACGCCAAGGGCAAGGUACUAGAAACGCAGACGGCCGAGGCGGACGGCACGCCGAUCCCGGCUGCGGAACGCGACACCCGUGCGCAGCACAUGCGACAGGCCGAGGAGAGUCGCCUAACAGAAGACCUCAAGGAGAAGGUCCGCGUUGUGCGCGACCAGUGGAAGAGCGCGCUGGGCGAGAACGUCACGCAAGUCAAGCAGCGGCUCGGCGAGUACCUGCUGCAGAUGGGCGGGUGGGACGAGGCGCUCGAGGAUGGAGGUGUUGGCUCAGUCUAG